AUGGUGGACUACAGCCUCAAGGACCUCGCGAGCACCUGCAGCCGCCUCGAGGCCAUCUACCGGAACCGCGUCUGCGCGCCGGCGCCGCGCGCCCCGCCGCGCGACGACUGGGAGGGCCGCGCCGUCGAGCUCAUCCGCGCGCUCGCCGAGAUGAUCAUCUACGGCGAGCGCCACUCGGAGGCGUUCUUCGAGUACUUCGUCGAGAAGCAGAUGAUGGGCCUGCUCGUCGCGCUGGCGACGGCGGCGGCGCCGCGGCUGCGCAUCCAGGUGCAGGUGUUGCAGACCGUGGCGAUCCUCGUGCAGAACGUGCGCCACAAGACGUCGCUCUACCUGCUGCUGUCGUCGAACUACGUGAACGCGCUCCUGGGGCACGGGCCCUUCCGGCGCCGGUCCUGCGACGAGGAGCUGUUCGCCCACUUCGUGAGCUUGCUGAAGACGCUGAGCCUGCGGCUCGACGCGAUGACGGCCCAGUUCUUCGUCGACGACUCCGCGACGCGGUUUCCCCUGCAUCAGGCGGCCGUCGCGUGCGCGCGGGCUGGCGCGGACGGGAUGGCGCGCACGGCGGCGCUGACGACGCUGCUCAACGUCUGGCGCGUCGACGACGACCACGUGCGGCGGUGCGUGAACCGCGAGGAGUCCGUGACCGCGGUCUGCGACGCCGUCGUCGGCGUCUUGGUCGAGGAAUUCGGCGCUUUGGCGGUCAAAGCGACCAAGGGCCCCGCGGGCCACCUCGACGGCGCGGCGACGGCCUUGGAGGAUCUCUUCUUCUACGCGCAGGACGUCUUCGACCUGGGCGACGCGCACGGGCCGCUGGCCGCGGCGCUCGAGACGUGCGUCGUCGACCACUUUUUGGAAUUUCUGGCCGCGACGGGCGUCGACGGCGUCGCGGGCGAGCGCGAGCGCGCGGCGGCCUUCUACGUCUUCGCCCUCUUCUUCCGGUCCGUGACGCGCCCCACCGCCGUCGUCGCGGCGCUCGACAUAUUCUUGGCCAAGGCGGCCGCGGCGCUCGCCGGCGGCGAUUGCGUCGCCGCGAACGCGUGCCUCUGCCUCCAGGCGGCGCUCGCGGCCGCGCCCGCGGCUGCCCUCACGCGCCGGGGGCUGCCGGACGCCGCGGGGACGGCCGCGGCGCUCCUCGCGGACCUCACGACGGCGCCGCCGCCGCCCGCGGCGCUCUUCGACGACGCGUCGCCGCCGCCGCCGCCGCCGGACGGCGCCGCGGUCGCCGACGCGGCGCCGCCGCUCGCCGCGGCGCUCCUGGCGUUCCUGGCCACCGCGGGCGACCGCCGCGUCGCCGCGACGCGCGUCGCCGCGGAGACGCUCGCGCUCCUGGCGCCGGGCGCGGACGUGACGCACGCGCGGCGCCACGCCGCGGCGGCGCUGGCCGCGGCGCUCGCGGACGACGACGCCGUCGACGACGCCGUCGAGGCCGAGCUCCGGAGCGCGCCGCCCGCCGGCGCGCCGGCGCGGCUCCGGGGCCUGGGCGCGGCGCUCCUCGCCGCGGGCGGCGACGACGCGGCGCCGCGCGAGUCGCUCGACGCGCCGCGCCGCGCGGCGGCGGCCGUCCGCGCGCUGCGCGCCCUCUACGACCGGGGCCAGACCCCCGUCGCGCCCGCGUCGCCGCCGGCGGACGAGGCGGGGACGGGCUCGACGGGGACGCUCGAUUUGUUCGGGCGGCACUGCAAUUGA